AUGGACCGGCUUUAUGAAUUAGCGGAUGGAUUCAGGAGAUCUCUGAAACCCCGCCACGAAGAAGAGUUCGAAAUCGCGACUAGUGGAGACAUGCGAAAAGAAAUCCGGGAUAUUCAAUCGUUGCGAGAUAAUACACACAACAUGAUGGAUAUGAAUCGGCUUCGGAUGUUUCUUGACGGGAUGGAAGAACUCGAGAGAGUCCUCUUGUACCUUGGGUUUCCUGGAACCAAAGGGGUAAUGUCACUCAUUUGGGGCUCUAUUACGUUCUUUCUCAAGGUUUCCAACACUUCUGAUAAGGCUUUUAACGGAAUGCUCAAGGUUUACGGACUUCUUGGAGCACAGCUCUUGCCUUUGACCCAGUUCCAACAGCUCUUUCAAGGGUUUCCGGAUGCUAUUGAAUGUAUAGUCAAUAUCUAUCAUGAUGUACAGCGGUUUCAUUCCACAGCAUACAGGCUUUUCUCACUAACCUCGAAGUUAUGGCACAAUCUUCAGAAGCCUGUCUGGGAUGACGCAAAUGACUUAUUUUCAACCCUAUCCCAUUCUCUAGGCUCACACGCUAAGUUCAUCAAAGAACACAGUUCUACACAAGACUAUCGUGCCCCUCGUGAGGCUUUCCAGAAGUACUCCUUGGGGAUUGAGUCAGACUGGGAUGAUUUCGAGAUGAAGGAAAAAGCCCGAAAGAAUAAAAGAAGGCAAGAGACAAUGGAAUGGAUCACUCCUUCUGCGAAGAUGCCAAGGCUGCAAAAAGAGUUCCGUGAUAUGGCGAUCUGUCCUAAUAGCGGUCGUUGGCUUUUCCGAAACUAUAGCGCUAUCUCGGAGUGGAUGGGUGAAGAAGACCCUCCUCAUUCAGCCAUAUGGUUGCAUGGGAACGUCGGAUGUGGUAAAACGGUGCUUGCAUCCUUGAUCGUCGAUGAACUGAAAUCAUCCAAACUUCAGAACACGAUGCCCUCAUUUCCAGACGGAAGCAAGACCUGUUAUUUCUACUGCCGGGAAGACAACAGUGAGCUCAGAAACCACCUUGAUAUUCUGAAAGGUAUUCUCCUACAAAUGGUGGAGGCUGAGGAUUAUAUAAUCCCACUUUGCUAUCAGGAAAAGGCCACAAGUAGUGGCUCCAACCCCAUAGAUGCAGAGCGUGCUCAAAAGCUCAUCAAGACCUUUAUCGAAUUCUCUACAAGACACUACAUCGUGAUAGAUGGUAUGGACGAGUGCGAUGGAGUCGAGAUCCAGCAAACUGCCAAGUUCUUCAAGGAUCUGGUCUCGACAUAUGAUACGCAAAUCAAAUUGGGACACCUGAGAGUCCUUUUCAUUGGUCGAGAAACACUUGAUACCAAAAAGCAUAUACCUGGAGACGACUGCAUCGGCAUAACACUUAGACCUGAGGAUAAUCAUGACGAUAUCAAAGCUUUUGUGCAGAAAAGACUUCCAGAAUUUUCCAAAUCAACUCACAGUAUUGGCUUCAGUCUUUCUGAAGCUGAUAAAUCGGAUGUUGAGCGGAUAAUUUGUCGUCAAAGUCAAGACUCAUUUCUCUACGCAAACUUGGCCAUUGAAUUGCUGUUGCAGCAAGAUACGAAAGGUGGCUUGCUCACCCUACUCAGAGAAUCAGGAGGGAUGAUACCAAAGGAGCUUGGAAACAUAUACGAAAGAUUGCUCGAAUGCGUCAGGAAUCGUCUUGCGAAACUGGCAGGAGGAAAUGAGAGAUGGGAGAAAUCGAAACUACUCUUUGGGUGGCUCAUUUGCGCCAAGAGACCACUCAGAUGGCAUGAGAUGCAAGCCAUCACAUGCUUCAACCCGGAGCAACUCAAGAUUGAUUUUGAGAAUAACAUGCUACGACACGAUAUGGAGAAAUACCUCGGCUCCAUCGUCCGUGUCCUCGACGGAGGUCAUAUUCACCUCAUCCAUUCAACUGCACGAAGAUACAUCAUUGAUAACAAGCAUAUCAGCGAGAAGCAGGUCCAGUGCCAGCUGACGACUAUAUGCCUCAGAUACUUGACCCUCCCAUGCUUCACCGGGGACGGCAGCUAUACAUCGCAUCAAAGAAGCCAUGAUGCGAAAUUGGGAUGGUUCUCUUUUCAAGACUAUGCUUGUUCCCAGUGGUUUUGUCAUCUCGACGUUUUGAUCCGAGACUGUAGUGAAGUGUUCACAACAGGGAGGUUUUUAAAAGUUGCUGCGGACUUUGCUUCUGCUCUAAAGCAUUUCGUCGAUACCCAUAGGGCGGAUCUAACAUCUGCCAAACACACUGACUUGGUUGAGGAUCACCUAGUAAAAUUCAUCAAUUUGCAACUUUACCAGGACCUUCAUUUGGUAUGGAACCACAUAUACACUCACCAACGAGGUGAUUACGCAACACUUAACACCAUUGGCAUGAAACAAAUCGAGAAUGGCCUCAAACAUAAUAGAAUGGAGCUUGAAAGAUUUCUUCCGGGCCAAAGGUCCGGUGACGAGGACACGAUUGAGGACUAUUAUGGCUCAAAACUCUUUAAGUGCAAUCGGACACUCUGCCCUUUCUUUCACAUCGGCUAUAAAGUGAAGGGCGACCGAGACCAACACGGAAAGCGGCAUGAGAAGCCUUUCCAAUGCCCUGUAUUCUGCAAUGCGGCUCCUUUCGGCUUCAGCAGUAACAAGGAUAGGGAGCGACACGUCAAUACUUACCAUCAAGACCUCAGAGAAGGAGGAGCCAUCUUUGAGGCCUUAAGUCGCCGACAGGUCCCCGGGAGAUUUUCUUGCGAGAUCUGUGGUAAGACCUUCACGAGAAACAUCAAUCUCAAAGCCCAUAAACGAAGCCAUUUUGGGGACAGGCCUUACGCUUGCAACACUUGCCACAAGACUUUCGUCAGAGUGAAUGACUGUCGAAGACAUGAGAAGAUACACGAAAAGAAUGGAUAUUGA